AUGACGAUCCUCCCCAAGAAGAAGCCGGUACCGGCUCCCGACGGCGACGGCGACUCCGGCCCGGACGCGGGGCCCGAGCGCGGAGCGGACGCGGGGCCCGAGCGAGGCCCCGGAGGCGUCGGCGAACCGCCCGCGGGGCCCGGCGGCGCCGGUAGCGGCGGGCCCGGCUCGGCCGACGGCCCCGCGGCGCUGCUGGGGCUGGAGGCGGCGGCGCUGGGGCUGCCCGAGCCCCGCGGGCCCGGCGGCUGCGGCGGCGGCGGCGGCGGCCCCGGGCACAGCAAGCGGCGGCGGCGCGGCGGGGCCGGGCCCAGCGGCGGCGGCCCCGCGGGACCGGGCCCCGGCGGCAUCGCGCUCGGCCUGGGGCUGGGCCCCGGCUGCGGCAGCCCCGGGCCCGACGAGGCGGGCGGCGGCUACAACAGCGAGGACGAGUACGAGGCCGGCAGGGUGGAGAUGGACCCGGCCACGGCCGAGCAGCAGGAGCACCGGUUCGAGAAGGCGCUGCGGGAGAAGAAAGGCUUCAUCAUCAAGCGCAUGAAGGAGGAUGGGGCCUGCCUGUUCCGGGCCGUGGCCGAUCAGGUGUACGGAGACCAGGACAUGCACGAGGUGGUGAGGAAGCACUGCAUGGACUACCUGAUGAAGAACGCCGAUUACUUCUCCAACUACGUUACGGAGGAUUUCACCACCUACAUCAACCGCAAGCGCAAGAGCACGUGCCACGGGAACCACAUCGAGAUGCAGGCCAUGGCCGAGAUGUACAACCGGCCCGUUGAGGUCUACCAGUACGGCACCGAGCCCAUCAACACGUUCCACGGGAUCCAGCACAACGAGGACGAGCCCAUCCGGGUCAGCUACCACCGCAACAUCCACUACAACUCCGUGGUGAACCCCAACAAGGCCACCAUCGGCGUGGGGCUGGGGCUGCCCUCCUUCAAACCGGGGCUGGCGGAGCAGUCCCUGAUGAAGAGCGCCAUCAAGACGUCGGAGGAGUCGUGGAUCGAGCAGCAGAUGCUGGAGGACAAGAAGCGUGCCACCGACUGGGAGGCCACCAACGAGGCCAUCGAGGAGCAGGUGGCCCGCGAGUCCUACCUGCAGUGGCUGCGCGACCAGGAGAAGCAGGCACGGCAGCCGCGCAAGGCCAGCGCCACGUGCAGCUCGGCCACGGCGGCGGCGGCCGGCGGCCCCGAGGAGCGGAGCGGCCGCUCGCCGCGGCCCCGCAGCGCCGCGCCCUCCCCCGAGCACCCCGGGCUGCACCCCGAGACCCCCGGCCCCAAGCCCCCCUCGCCCGGAGCCCCCCCGGCCGGAAAGCCGCCCUCGCCCUGCGCCCCAGGCACCAGCAGCCAGCUCGGGGCGGGCGCGGGCCGGGCCACGCCGCCGCUGGUGUCGCUGUACCCCGCGCUCGAGUGCCGCGCCAUCAUGCAGCAGAUGUCCCCGACCGCCUUCGACCCCCCCCCGGCGCCGCCAUCGCUCUCCGAGCCGCUGCUGGGCUCCGACGAGGGGGAGCAGGAGGACCCCCGCGAUUACUGCAAAGGCGGGUAUUACCCGGUUCGGAUCGGGGACCUUUUCCACGGGCGCUACCACGUCGUUCGCAAGCUGGGCUGGGGACAUUUCUCCACCGUGUGGCUCUGCUGGGACCUCCGGAGGAAACGUUUCGUGGCGCUGAAGGUGGUGAAAAGCGCCCCCCAAUAUACGGAGACGGCCCUGGAUGAGAUCAAGCUGCUGAAAUGUGUGCGGGAUUCAGACCCCAGCGACCCCAACCGGGAGAACAUCGUGCAGCUCAUCGACGACUUCAAAAUUUCAGGGGUCAACGGUGUCCAUGUUUGCAUGGUGCUGGAGGUGCUGGGCCACCAACUGCUGCGCUGGAUCAUCAAAUCCAACUACCAGGGGCUGCCCCUGCCCUGCGUCAAGAGCAUCGUCCGGCAGGUGCUGGAGGGGCUGGAUUACCUGCACACCAAGUGCAAGAUCAUCCACACGGACAUCAAGCCCGAGAACGUGCUGCUCUGCGCGCCCCAGCCCUACCUGCGGCACCUGGCGGCGCAGGCGGCGCGCUGGGCACGGGGCGGCGGCGCGCCCCGCGGGGCAGUGAGCUCGGCACCGCAGGAGGAACCUGUGAAAACCCCCCCGGACCCCCCGGAGGAGCGUGGGGGGAGCCCCCCGAGCGGCGCCUCGUCCUCGGGGGUGCACACGCUGCCGGCGGGGGGCGGCUCCAGCGAUGGAUUUUCGGGGGGCUCCUGCGCCUCCCGGGGACCCCCCCGGCGCCCCCCCAGCCCCAGCUCGGCCUCGGACUCGCUCUUCACCCCCACCUCGAGCUCCCUCAUUUCGGGGGGCUCCGAGGGGCUCCCCAACCCCCUGGGGUGGGGGGGUCUCCCAUGGCCCGGGGGGGGUCUCCUGCCCCCCCGGACCCCCGUCCCUGUCCCGCAGGCGUUCGAGCUGGCCACGGGCGAUUACCUGUUCGAGCCGCACUCGGGGGAGGAGUACAGCCGCGACGAGGACCACAUUGCGCACGUGAUCGAGCUGCUGGGGGAGAUCCCGCGGCACGUGGCCCUCGGGGGGCGCUACUCCCGCGAGUUCUUCAACAGGAGAGGUGAGCUGCGGCACAUCCGGCACCUGCGGCCCUGGGGGCUGCGGGCGGUGCUGCAGGAGAAGUACGAGUGGCCGCGGGGGCCGGCGGCCGCCUUCGCCCGCUUCCUGCGGCCCAUGCUGGCCUUCGAGCCCGCGCGCCGCGCCACGGCCCGCCAGUGCCUGCAGCACCCCUGGCUCCGCCCCUAGCCCCGCCCCCCGCCCAAUAAACCACGGGGCAGCAGCACGGUA